AAUUUGCCAGCAUGAGUUGUUCCGAAGAGAGGGGUGCUAAUACUGGUGCGAGCACAUCUCAGCAGAAGAAAUACAAGGGAGUGCGCCAAAGGAAAUGGGGCAAGUGGGUCUCCGAAAUCAGAGUCCCCGGCUCCCAAGAACGCCUCUGGCUCGGCUCCUUUGCCACACCCGAGGCUGCUGCGGUGGCUCGCGAUGUUGCUUAUUAUUGCCUGCGCGGAUCAUCGACGUUGGACAACCUCAACUUCCCUCUUAUGUUGCCUUCUGGUGUCCGGCCCGGCUUGUCGCCGAGAUCGGUCCAGAAGGCGGCCUCCGACGCUGGUCUGGCUAUCGAUGCACAGUUGAUCGCAAACAAGUUGCCCGAAAAUGAAGGACUGAAGGAUGAUAAAAGUGGUCAUGUAGGCGCUCAUGGCUUGGAGACGGGAUGUUGGGAGCUCGCGGGAGACAAUUGUGGGACAUGGGAAGGCAGCGAGUUGAAAGAAGGAGAUGAUCAGGCUUUCAGCAUAUGCAUCGAAGAUUAUAUUUAAGCAGUAGUACUACUGAUUUUUUAUAAGUGCAUGGCUUUUAAAAUUUAAAUUCCGUGUAUAUAAAUAUGAUCUGUUAACAGGCUCGAAUGCUAAUAUACUCUCAUAUCAAGUACU